AGAAGGCGUCACCUCAUGAGGAAAGGCCGGCGUGUCUCUGAGCGACCGCCCCGGCUGCCGGCUUCCACUCCGGAGAGGAGGGGGAAAGUCGCCUCGGUGCCUCCCUCCGGAGGCUUUCCUUACGACGAGCGACGCCUCCGCGUAGAAAAACCGAGAGGCGAAGGGACGGCUCUUCCGGCUUCUCAGCCAUCCCUCCUUCCGACUACUCGGCCUCGCCGCCAGAGAUUCUUAAAGCUGACACAGCAAAGCGAGCGAGGUCGGGAGGGUGCAGCAGUUUCUCCGGAGAUGCGCGAUCAGUUUAAGCGACGGGGCCACAGCUGUGGGAGGCUCUGCGGCCUGGGUGUCUCUGUCGUCUUUUUACUGGCCCUUCUGCCCGGCCCGGCAUUCUCAGACUCUUGUAUAUGGUACAGCCAAUGUGGAAUUUCUUCUGGAGACAAAAGGUAUAAUUGUCAAUAUAAUGGGUCAGCAAUACCACUACCAAAGGAUGGGUAUGAUUUAGUGCAGGAACUAUGUCCAGGUUUUUUCUUUGGGAAUGUUAGCCUUUGCUGUGACGUACAGCAACUUCAGACUUUGAAAAGUAGCUUGGAACUACCUUUACAGUUUCUUUCCAGGUGUCCAUCAUGCUUUCAUAAUUUAAUAAAUCUGUUUUGUGAGCUAACCUGUAGCCCUCAUCAAUCUGAAUUUGCGAAUAUUACUCAGACAAAGCCGUAUUAUGAUCCAGUAACAAAAGAGAACAAAACCAGCAUCGUAGAGCUGCAAUAUUAUAUUGGAAAAAAUUUUGCUAAUGAUAUGUAUAAUGCCUGCAAAGAUGUGGAGGCUCCGUCAAGCAAUAUUAAGGCAUUGGGUCUGUUGUGUGGAAAAGAUGCUAAAGACUGUAAUGCAACCAACUGGAUUCAAUAUAUGUUUAGCAAAGAUAAUGGCCAGGCUCCCUUCAAUAUUAUUCCAAUAUUUUCAGAUGUACCUAUCCAUGGGAUGAUUCCUAUGAACAAUGCUACCAAAGGCUGCAAUGAGUCUAUGGAUGAUAUCACAGGACCUUGUAGUUGUCAAGAUUGUUCCAUUGUCUGUGGCCCGAAACCAGUACCACCACCACCUCCUGCCCCUUGGCUUUUGCUUGGUUUGGAUGCCAUGUGUGUUAUUAUGUGGAUCUCCUAUACAGCAUUCCUUCUUAUUUUCUUUGCAGUGGUUUGUGGUGUCUGGUGUUACAGGAAGAGAUAUUUUGUUUCUGAAUAUACACCAAUUGAUGGCAAUAUUGCAUAUUCUGUUAACUCACAUCAAAAUACUGGAGAAGCUACUUGGUGUGAAAGAUUUGGUGAGAAAUUUGAGAAUGCUUUAAGAGUUACAUUUACGUCAUGGGGAGCUUUUUGUGUUCGGAAUCCACGACCUGUUAUUCUGUUCUCCUUGGUUAUCAUUGCCAUGUGUUCCUCAGGCUUGGCAUUUUUCAAAAUAACUACAAAUCCUGUAGAUCUGUGGUCAGCCCCAAAUAGCCAAGCUCGAAGAGAGAAGGAAUACUUUGAUACUAAUUUUGGACCUUUCUUCCGUACUGAACAACUCAUUAUUCAGGCGGUGAAUACUACUCCAGAGAUCUAUGUACCAUAUCUUCCGGGACCAGCUGUUCCUUUUGGACCUCCACUUACAAAACAUAUCUUGCAUCAGAUACUAGAUUUGCAAAAUGGUAUUGAAAACAUAACUGCAUCUUAUCAAAAUGAAACUGUAAUGUUGAAGGACAUUUGCCUGGCGCCUCUUGCUCCCUACAAUAACAACUGUACUAUUCUGAGUGUUCUCAACUACUUCCAGAACAGUCAUUCUAUCCUAGAUGCUCGCAUUGCUGAUGAAUUCUAUACCUAUGCCGACUUCCACUCUCACUUCUUAUUCUGUGUUAGGGCUCCAGCAUCUCUGAAUGACACAAGUCUCCUUCACAAACCUUGCUUGGGGACAUUCGGUGGUCCUGUCUUCCCAUGGCUGGUGAUGGGAGGAUAUGACAAUGAAAAUUAUAAUAAUGCCACAGCACUUGUGAUCACAUUUCCUGUCAUAAAUUACUACAAUGACACAGAAAAGAUUAUGAAAGUUUUGGCUUGGGAAAAGGAGUUUAUCAAUUUUGUGAAAAACUAUGACAAUCCAAAUUUAACAAUUUCCUUCUCUGCUGAACGUAGUAUUGAAGAUGAAAUAAAUCGAGAAAGCAACAGUGAUGUUCACACUGUUGUAAUUAGCUAUGCAGUCAUGUUUGUGUACAUUUCCUUAGCUCUUGGGCAUAUUAAGACUGCUGCUAGAUUCUUGGUGGAUUCAAAGAUCUCAUUGGGCAUUGCAGGCAUCCUGAUUGUGCUAAGUUCAGUUGCGUGUUCUUUGGGUAUCUUCAGCUAUUUUGGAGUCCCUCUAACACUAAUUGUUAUUGAAGUCAUUCCCUUUUUGGUGUUGGCUGUUGGAGUGGACAACAUUUUCAUUAUUGUUCAGACAUUUCAGAGAGAUGAACGGCUUCAAGAUGAAACUUUAGAUAAGCAGAUUGGUCGAAUCCUUGGAGAGGUGGCUCCUAGCAUGUUUCUUUCCUCAUUUUCAGAGACAGUGGCUUUUUUCUUAGGGAGCUUGUCUACCAUGCCUGCAGUUCGUUCAUUCUCCCUCUUUGCUGCUGUGGCUGUCCUUAUUGAUUUCCUUCUGCAGAUUACUUGCUUUGUAAGUCUCUUGGGCUUGGAUGUUAAGCGCCAAGAGAGUAAUCGAUGUGAUGUCCUGUGCUGUAUCAAAAGUCGUGAAGAAAUCAGUAGUUUCCAUCACUCUAAAAGCAUGUUGUUUCAGUUUUUCAAAAACAUUUAUUCUCCGUUUCUUCUUAAAGAUUGGAUGAGACCAAUUAUUAUAUCCAUAUUUGUGGGUGUGUUAUCAUUCAGCAUAGCAGUUGUCAACAAAGUUGAGAUUGGCCUGGACCAGAGAUUAUCAAUGCCUGACGAUUCCUAUCUGAUAACCUACUUCAACGAUCUUGGCAAAUAUCUGCAUGCAGGUCCUCCAGUAUAUUUUGUGUUGAAAGGGCAUAAUUAUACAACGCCAGAUGGACAAAAUAUGGUCUGUGGAGGAAUGGGAUGUGACAAUAAUUCUCUGGUACAGCAAGUGUUUGAUGCAGCAGAGAUUAGCAGCUAUACAAGAAUUGGCUAUGCACCUUCUUCCUGGAUUGAUGACUACUUUGACUGGAUCAAACCACAAUCUUCCUGUUGCAGAAUGUAUAACACCACUGGAGCAUUCUGCAAUGCUUCAGUUGUCAAUUCAACAUGUGUGCGCUGCCGGCCAAUGACUAAAGAAGGAAAACAGAGACCUGAGGGUGAAGACUUCAUGAAAUUUCUCCCUAUGUUCCUCUCAGAUAAUCCUAAUCCGAAAUGUGGCAAGGGAGGACAUGCUGCAUAUAGUUCUGCAGUUAACUUUAUACACAACUCUUCUGAAAUUGGAGCCACUUACUUCAUGACUUACCAUACGGUGCUGAACACCUCAGCAGACUUUAUUGAUGCAUUGAAAAAAGCACGGAUUAUAGCAAACAAUAUUACUGAAGCCAUGGUCCACAAAGUAAAAAAUGCUGAAGUUUUUCCUUACAGCUUGUUCUAUGUUUUUUAUGAACAAUAUUUAACAAUUGUGGAUGACACCAUCUUUAAUCUUGGCGUUUCCCUUGGAUCAAUAUUCAUAGUGACUAUGGUGCUGCUUGGUUUUGAAAUAUGGGCUGCCGUUAUUGUUUCCUUCACUAUUGCUAUGAUACUGGUCAACAUGUUUGGAGUGAUGUGGCUCUGGGGUAUCAGCUUAAAUGCAGUUUCCUUAGUAAACCUUGUAAUGAGUUGCGGCAUCUCUGUUGAGUUUUGUAGCCAUGUGACAAGAGCAUUCACAAUUAGUACAAAAGCAACAAGAGUAGAGCGUGCUGAGGAAGCACUAUCCCAAAUGGGGAGCUGUGUUUUCAGUGGUAUUACCCUCACAAAAUUUGGAGGAAUAGUGGUGCUUGCUUUUUCCAAAUCUCAGAUUUUCCAGAUCUUCUACUUCAGGAUGUAUUUAGCCAUGGUGCUACUUGGAGCAACCCAUGGUCUAAUAUUUCUUCCUGUCCUACUUAGCUACAUAGGGCCCUCAAUAAAUAAAGCUAAAGUUCGUGCAGCACAAGAAAGGAACAAAGGUACAGAAAGAGAAAAACUCCUGUUCUUCUAGCCAUUUUAAACAAAGUGGUCAGUGGACUCUGAAUUCUGGCUGAAGACUUAUAAAUUGUAGCAAGUUUCUAUGAUUACCGUCUCACAACUGUAAAAUGGUACUGGGAUUAAUUUUUUACAUAACUGGAAGAAAAACAGUAAUUCUAAACAGUUUGGAUUCAGGAAGAAUUCUAUCAACAUCAGUUAUUUAUCAGUAUUACUUAAACAUGAAACAUUAAUGAGAAAUAAUAAUUUAUUGUAGUUUUUGUUCCUGAAAAGGAAACUGUUUUGCAAUAGAAAUAGAUUCCUGGUAACACUUAAAGUGAUAGGUAUGAGAUUAGAUUGCUGAACCACUGACAAUUUUUUAAUGCAAGUCAAUGCAAUUUUUGGCUUUAUUUUUAGAAGAAAAAUAAGCCAUCUGUCAAAAUGUUGUAAUAUUUUUAAUAUUUGCCAAAGGGUCUGUAUAUAUACUUUAUUAUAAAAUAGAUCUUUUGUAGCUCAAAAGUAAAAGUACAUAAAUGCAAUAAAUUAACUUUAUACAUCCUUAUAUUGGAACAGUUUUACUAUGUCAGAAAGUGGCAGGCUUCAUUAAUGCUUGGUCUCCAAAAACAUGCUUAAAAAAUGUGACAUGCUCUUCACAGUGUUCUCCUACAAGAAAAGGACAGAAAAUGUAAUCUGUUAUUUUUGAGUAUAUUAAUAUUUUUUAAAAAAAUUCAACCUCGGGAGCUACCUCUAAUACUCUCUCUUUAUUACUCAUUUCCCAAUUUUAAAAUUGGGAAGCUGGAUCACAAAACAGUUGUAUAAAAACAGAAAUAAAAUGGGUAAAGGAGAUGCAUAUAAGCUACAAUACAUUGUAUACAUAGCUUAUGCUAUGACUUUUGUAUAAUAAUACUAGGAAAAGUAGACUUUAUGCAUAAUGAAGAACAUUAAGGGAAAAAUGUUGCAGAUUGUCUUUGAGACACUUUCCACAGAAUUAAAUAUCUUUUUUCUUAUAUAAGAUUAGAAAUUAUAAUUUGAUUUGAUAUUGAUAUUUAUUUUGCUUUUGAAUACUAUUGAUAGCUAAAGAUGUUAUUGAGAAAUGCACAAAGGCCCCUGGUAGAGUGGAACUGCAUGCAUGAGGGAGCAUUAAUAAUCCUUUGCUGAUUUGGAAAUGAGAAUAUGGGAUAUUUUUUCUGCAAAAAAAACCUUAAAGGAAUAAAAAAAGACAAGGAUUUUCAUUACAGGGAGAUGAAGUUCUAUUAAAUAACUAGAAAUGUUCUUCUAGUCUAUCAUAUUAUUACUGGGUGGUAAUUAAUAAUGACAAAGCACCUUUUAGUUUAAGUAAAGGUAAAUUCUAAAUGUCUACUUCUAAGUCCAUAAAACUUACAGCUCUUACAAUGUUGUAGCAGGCUGACUCCAACUGACCUAUUAACCCUACUGUUAAAAUAUAAUUACAAUUCCAUACUACCUAGCUGUAUUGAAGUCAGCAUUCAAACAGUGUAUGACCAAUUUUUCUUCCAAUUAAGAAUCAUGGAUAUUUUUCCAGAUGUUGAUACUGCAUUACAGAUGUUCCAACUGUUUUAGUAACUCUUAUCUUUCUUUUAAGCAUGAGAAGGUCUCAUUUGUCAUAACUGUUUUCAAUAUACAAAAUUGUGCCUACAGUGCCUUCAGAAAUUAAAUUUCAUUUAAGGAAAAAGCAA